AUGAUGAUGAUGAUGUGCCGUGUGAUGUGUGUGUUGGCCGUUGUGCUGUGCUGUGCCUGCGGGUAUACCAUGGCGGCUGCUGCUGCUGUUGAUAAUGACAGUGCCAGUGGCCGUGGUGUAUCCCGUGGGGCUGUGGAGGUGUCGUGCGGGGCCGGCGGUGCGCUGCGUGUACGCCCCGCUGCUGAGAGCGAGUGGCUUACAUGCGGUGCGGGCAGCCGUGUGUCUGCAUGUGGGAAGUACGCAGACCUCUGCCGCCAGCGUACCGCAAGGGUAAAUGAUUACGCAGCGACAACAGCGGCUGCUGAUCCAAACGAUUCCUCUUCUGAAUCUGAAAAACCAGUUGAUACCUCUUCUGAGUCUGAAAAACCAGUUGGUGCCUCCUCUGAGGCUGGUAAUACAUAUGAUUCUUCUGAAUCUGAAAAACCAGGUGGCGCCUCCUCUGAGGCUGGUAAUGCAUAUGGUUUUUCUGAAUCUAACAAGUCAGGUGAUAAGACUGUCAGGGCUGCU